AGCAGCAAACGCCCCACUCCAACCGUCGCCGCCGCCGCCGCCGCCUCCCUUGCCUUCCGCGCGUGCCACCAGCCCCACGCGAUCGGUGCUUGGUAGCGGCAGCAACGCUGGCGCGCGCGGGGGCAACACCAAUCUCAGCAGCAGCAGUAGUAGUAGCAGCAGCAGUAGUCCGGCCGUGGGCACGCAGACGCUUCUCGGGGCGGGCGUCUCCGCCACAGGGACACCUUCCUUGUCCUCUUCCUCCGGCUCCGCGCGCGGCAGCCCUACGGGCGGGGGAGGGGCGCGUAGCAGCCCCCCUCGCCUGCCGGCGCCGCCCCUACCCGGUUCGACGCCCUCGCCUUGCUCGUCCCCGGUUUCGCCACCGGUGCCUGAAGGCAGUGCCUGUGCCGCCGCCGUCUCAACGGGAGGAAAAAUCCGGCAUCGCCAGCGACGGCAUUCGCCGGAGCAAAACAGGGCCUCUCCGGAGAGAAAGAGCCCUAGUUCGCCUGUUUGUAAAGAUAAACCACGGCCACCAUCAUCAAGCCCUUCUAGUAUUUCCCGCCGUACUCCUUCAUUAGACAUACUUGCUGCUCCGUAUCUUGCAGGGCAAUGGCCUCGUGAUAAUCAUGGGCAAGUCACACCUUGUAUGAGGGAUAAAGCCACACAGACUGAGAGUGCUUGGGCUGAAGAAUACUUGGAAAAGAAAAAGGGAUCUCAUAAGCGCUCGGCAUCGUGGGGCAGCACAGACCAACUCAAAGAGAUUGCAAAGUUACGUCAGCAACUGCAAAGAAGCAAACACAGCAGCAGACACCAUCGUGAUAAAGAAAGACAGUCUCCAUUUCAUGGUAAUCAUGCAGCUAUUAACCAGUGCCAGGCUCCAGUCCCAAAGAGCAUGCUGGUUCCUGUGAUACCAAUAGCUAAGUCAAGUGGAUCCCGUUUCCGUAAUAGCAUAGAAGGGCUGAAUCAGGAGAUUGAAAUAAUUAUAAAAGAGACUGGAGAGAAAGAGGAACAGCUUAUUCCACAAGAUAUUCCAGAUGGGCAUCGAGCACCACCUCCUUUAGUGCAGCGUAGCAGCAGUACUCGCAGCAUUGACACACAGACUCCGGGUGGAGCAGACAAAGGCAGUAACAACAGCAGCCGAUCUCAGUCUAUUUCCCCAAGCUCCUUCCUUGCUAUCUCCAAUGAGGGCAGUGAGGAGAGCCCUUGCUCUGCAGAUGACCUGCUUAUGGAUCCCAGAGAUAAAGAGAAUGGAAACAAUUCUCCUCUGCCCAAAUAUGCUACAUCACCAAAACCUAACAAUAGCUAUAUGUUCAAACGUGAACCUCCUGAAGGCUGUGAGAAAGUCAAAGUGUUUGAGGAAAGCUUGCCAAAACCUUUGCAUGAAAUUCCAGCCUUUUAUUGUCCUGACAAGAAUAAAGUUAACUUUAUUCCUAAAAGUGGCUCUGCCUUCUGCCUUGUCAGCAUUCUCAAGCCCCUUCUUCCCACACAAGAUCUUACCCUCAAAGGUGCUACUCAUAAUCUGACCGUCACGACUGGUAUGACACCCACGCUGCUGCAACCUCUUUCCAUGGCGUCCCUUUCCGCAAACACAGACCAAGAGCGCCUCUCUCGUGGAACGAGCAAAGUAAUAUCACAGAUGUCUGUGCUCCAGCAGUCAGGACAUAGUGAAGAAACUGAAGGAUAAGCUCCACGUGGCUAAUGGAGGGGGAAGGGGAUUUUAUGGAAACAACUGUGAUUAAACUUUCUAGAUGACAUCUCUUUGUAUCACAACAGCUGAUGGUCCUAUAAACAGGUCAUAGGUAGUAUCUUACACACCAUGCCACGAAUGUCAGCCUCCGGUGAGAUCUAGGAAAAAAGGAGCAGCAGAGGGCCAAAUGUAUUUGUCUUGGGAUGGUUCAGGUGCAGACUCUGAGCAUGUUGCUUUGGUACCAUAAAGAAGAUCUCCACAAUUCCUGACAACUGGAGGGACCAAUUUUUUUUCUAAUACUUCUGUGCUUCAGUGUAAACUUUGAGUUUGAACAAUGAAAAAGACAUCCCAACUUUUCUUAGCAGAAUAUCUGUUUUCUGGAGAAAAAAAAGGAAAUCAUUAAUUCAUAUGAAGAUAGUAUUUACAAAUGUGCAUUUUUAAGAAAUUUCAUCAUCAUCAGGAUAAUUGCACUUUUCUUGCUACAUUUUUUUCACUGGGACCAAUGGAUUAAAACUUUUUCAGUAUUCCGUCAUCAGACCAGCUGAUUUUGCUCCUUUCCCCAGAUUAGUGUAACAUCAUUCAGACAAAAAAAAAAAAAGCAAUAUUGUCACACCCUGAAAGGGUUCAGAAAGGGGAAAAAGCAUGCAUGGAAUUUCUUGUCUGAAAAUAGCAUUUUAGUGCACUUCAGCUAAUCAUGUCAUGAUUUAUUCCUAAUGUUGUAUUUCAGGACAUAUUUCCAUCCUUUUUCCCCAGAACGCCAAUUAAUUGUCACAACGGUGCCUCUUGGGACUACUUAGUUUUUUAAGUUACUGUCAAAAUCUUGAAUUGCCUUUGGCAUAUAUACCUGAUUCUAUCAUGUCUUGCCACUAUACUAUAUAAACCCUAUGGUCAUAUGAUCUUAAAAGGGCCAUGCAUGCAUGGUGGUUUUUUUGCUUGUCAAAGUACUGUUUUGUGGGUCUGUUGAGGGUAAUAGUUUGUUGGGCAUGAUGUUGUUGAAGCAAUUUAUUUCAAUGGACAUGUCUCCUUUUGGAGUAGCAAUAUUGUUAGGGUGUUAAGCUAAGAAUCUUUUUAUGCUUUCAUUGAUGUGGCCCAUUUCAUUUUUAGUACUUUUUUUAAAUGAACUAUACUUAUGGAAGAAUUAAAGAUAAGAAAUUUCUGUUGUUAUGUUUGCUUGUGAAAGGGUCUGAGCUAAUAUGGAUAGAAAAGUGUAUUUACCAAGCUGAUUAAAUGGCACAAGAUAGAGCCGUUGCGGGAUAGUUAGAGAGAAGUUAGAAAACAAUAUAUUCUGGUAUCUUUAAGUAAAUAAAAGUAUCAUAGCAGUGUAACCUAUUCCAGACUGGUAGGUAAAUGGACAUAGCAACAUCAGUAAUGUUUUUGAUGCAAUGUUAGUUGGAAAUGAAGCACAUCCACCUCAAGUGGAUCUUCGAUUUGUUUUGUUACAUUAGUAAUACAAUAUUUUAAAUAAUUACCCCUACAUUGUUUGGAUUCUUGGUUCUUGCUAAAUUUAAUCAACUGAGUAAAAACUUGCAUUUUGAUUUACCCAGAUAGGUGGUUGGUUUGUCCAUUUAACAACCUAGGUUCUGAUGCAGGAAUGUUAAUGUUAUUAUGUAGCUGUUAGUUUUUAAAGUACCAAAACACUUCUUCGCAUUCUGGUAUUUCCUGGAUGCAUGAACAUGGAGGGGAGAGCGGAGACUGCACUUAACAUAGCCCCCAGCCUGACAUACCAGUAGAAGCUCUAAAAGAUCUGGACUUGCAUGCAAGAUCACAUAGGUUGUUUAUUGUGGUUCUACAUUCUGCUGUAAUCCAUUCCUACAGCAAAUGAGAAGUAUGUGUUUUUAUGGUACAUGAAUGUACCAGAAUAAAGCUCUUCAACUUUUUUCCUGAACAUAAUGGAGAUUUGUGAGAGUGGACAUGAUGUUAUAUGCCUAGGUCUGUUUUCUCUCCCUCGGUCCAAGCUAAUGCAUGAAGAGGCUGGACAGACACAACACUAUCCUUCUGGAAGUCUUUUUAAAGUAUUAUUUGAUUGCUGUUGUAUUUUGAUCCUAUAUUGUAUUGCUUUAUUUUUAUUUCUGUUUUAUUCUGUAUUCAGAUAUUUUAGCAGAGCAAAAUAGUCUUACACCCAUUCCACAGUCUUAAAUUUGUGGGUCAUCUAGAUUUACUGUAUGAAACAUAAUGGGAGAGCUAAGUAUUUCUUAUUUGACUUAAUGAUAUUUUAAUUUUAGUUUAAAGCAGAUGUAGGUUGUGUGAGAGAACAGUAUCAUGCAAAAAAGGGCAUUGCUCAAACAAUGUGAAGCCCCACAUAUUCUAGACACGUGUAUGCAUUCUCAAAAUGUUUAAUGCUCCAGCUUUAUGAAACGAGAGUUGGAUUAUAUUUGUGCAAAAGGAUAUCUGUACUUUAUCUAAAUCCAUUCCUGUUGUUUCAUGUUAAAGAGCAGCUUUGAUUUGAUAGACUGUGUCAAAUCCUUCAGGUGAUUUGUGGAAAUAUUAAAGGGCCAAAUUUCCAUUAGGAAUAAUGAAAAAGAGUGAAAUCUUUUAGACAUGAUUUUCACUGUCCUCAUUGAUGCCAGAACAAAUGUUAGUAGUAAAUGACUCUCAAGACAUUUGAGGCUGGCCUUCAAAUGCACAUUUAAAAAACUGACACUUCAACUUUUAUUAAGAGAACAGAAUUUAUUUAGCCCCUGUGAUUGUAAUAAUUUGAGGAUUCGUAUAUUAUAACCAGCAAGGGCUUAAUUAAAACACUUCUACUUUAAUGCAGUGAGAGGAUUCAAUUGAUUUGCAGCCACAAGAUGUUAGCUCAUAGUAAGCAUAGUUCUCAUUUAGAACGGCAGUUUUUUUGUUUCUUCAAACCUCAGAUUAGCUAUCUGUGUGGUACCUUUCUGUGGUAUGUGAGCAUUUAAGCUAAUGAUUUCAAGAGAGGUAGGAAUGAUAAAGUUCAAGAAAAUUGUAAAAACAAGGCAGAUAACUUGGACUCUUUUCCAGAGUCAGAGGCUUUGUACUUCCAAGUCACAUGGAGAAUUUAUAGCAUUCCUCUUUCUUCCAAAUGCAGCUAAGAACUUGGGAGAUUGUUGAGAAGCAUUUUCUAGGAGUUGGUUUGAGAAAGAAGAUAAUUUCUGUGCCUUUUAUGAUUCAUGGUUAAUAGUACACAAGGGCUAUAUAUUUGAAAAAACAAGAAAGGAUAAUUCCUCUUAUUUUUAAAGGCAGUGACCAAAGUGGGACUGGAUAUUCUUCAUGUACUCUUGCCCAUUGUUCUACCAAUAUUUCCUACUUUCAUUAAAAGGAGGGGAAUACAUCUUAUUUUCACCCAACAUGUAGAGAAGCAGCAACAUUGAGAUAAGGGGAGAAGAAAAACUGGGAAAAUGAAAGAAAGCAAAACAGAUUACCCAAAGGACAGGUUUCUGAUGGCAAAAUGAGAGUCAAGGAACAAUCCAUAAAGAAAGAAAGACUUCUCUUUAACCUUGUGCCUCUUUGCAAGUUGAAAUUAGCUAAAAUAUAUACUAAAUGAGUUGCAAGUUUUUGGAGAUGAAAAUCCAGAAAAAGGAGACAGAAAAAUAAUGGCCUGUUUAAUAUUGUUAGAAGUUGACUGCUGACAUGCAAAUUGAAUAGAAGUGGUCAUAUGGCAAGGAUUCCUGAAAUCUCUCAAAAACAAAAUUGAUUAUUGUAUCCUGUAUUUGGAAAUAGAAAUUACAACAUAGUAAAGUAACUCUUAUGUGAAGAUAUUAAAAAUCCAAUGUCAACUGAUUUGCAGUCAUGUUCAGUGUAGCCUAUAACAGGAAAUGCAUUAUUAAGAACUGAUAAUACUCUAUAAUAUAUAUUUUCUGACUAUAUUUUACACAUUAGUUAUAAAAGGUAACAAAAACAGGGACCUUGCCAGAUCAAAAUUCAUCAAUAGAUCUUCUCAGAAGUGUAGUAUAUAGUUUAUUUCCAUCACCAACAGAAUAAAUAAUGGUAUGGAGAACAAAAAUUCCUUGAUACUGCUUUGUUGUACACUCUGAUAAUAUUCUGUUCAUGUUUUUGGAGUGCUUUUAGAGAAAAGAGGAAACCUAAAUAAUGAGAAAUCUUAAGGGUAGCAGGAUAGCAUUGAAUUUUGCCUUGGUGGGGAUUACUUUAAAUGGGACAGAUAGCAAAUUUCUGCCCUGCAAGGCCUUGGAGAAUAAUGCAGCUAUUCCUCAACUUAUCACCCAAUUGAGCCCAAAAUUUCCAUUGCUAAGCAAGACUUAAAGUACAUUUUACCCUAUUUAUGAGCUUUUUUGCCACAGUUGUUAAGAAUGAAUUGCUGCAGUUGUUGUUAAGUGACUGCUUGUCAGAAGGUUGAUGACACUGCAGCCAUCAUAAAUAUAAUGCCAGUCACAUGACCAUGGAGACACUAUAACAGUCAUAAGCGUGAAAAACAAUCAUAAGACCCUUUUCUCAGUGCUGUUGUAACCAAAUGGUCGCUAAACAAUGGUUAUAAGUUGAGGGCUACCUGUAACUAAUUGCAUGUAUGUUUAAUGCUUACAGCAUAAGAUGCUUUUUUUCCUUCAGUUUGCACAUAACUCUUUAUUAGAAAAAAAACCCUUUCUGAUGAAAUGGUUGCCUAAACUAUUAGUGUCCUGAAAAUGGGCCCUUUAGAGAAAUUUUGUGAUAGACUUUCAUGUGAAUGUAGCUGCACGAAUGACUAGACAGCAAGUUUGAAGAUGUUUAUGUUUGUAGUAUGUGCUUCAGCAUAAAACUAUUCAACUACAGUUGUGGCUGAUUGAGGUCAUACAUAGAAUAUUAAAAAAUGGUAAAAAAAGUCAGAUUUCUCUGUGGCUUCUCUGUGACUUUCUGCCUCUUUCUGUCUCUCUCAUACACACACAUGAAUAGCUAAAUUUCAAAGGUGAGUUAGUGAACACGAAUGUUUUUAUGAUUUCUGGUUUUCUCAUAUUGUUUAGCUAUAGAUAUGUUCAAAUGCCAAUAAAAUAUGAAGUUAUGUCCCAGUCUAGUUGUACCUAGAUAUUAUAUAAGUAACCUCCUUACAGCAGUUCACUGCCAGUGGUAUGGGGUGUUAUUUCCCUUCCAGGUUCAUCUUCUCUUGCUAGAGCCAGUACUAGGGAUAAAGGUUACAGCUAUGUGCUAUAAUUGCAAAAGGCCAAUGAUGUUUGAAUAUGUAAGAUUUUUUUAAAAUUUUCUUCUCAGUGCACACUGGUGUGUUUGGGCAUUUGUUUUGCUAUUGUUUUUAAUGAUUGAUGUACAAUAUGUCAACAAAAAAUUUUAUUGAAUUUUUUUACAAAAAAUGUUUUCUUCACCUUUAUGGAACUUGUACACUUUCAAUAAAU